CUCCUGCUAAAAGCGCUUGGCACGGCGCCGGAGACAAAGUCCGGAGUGUCCCCACGUUCUGGCUCCUUCUUUCCUCCUCUCCCCCGUCCCCCAUGCCCGAUCACAACCUCUCCCCUCCCACGGCGCUGUCUCCUGCACCCUCCUCUCGUCUUAAGCGCGCACAGGGCUCCGUUCUCCUCCCCGAGAGGAUUGCCUUUCCUCCGAGCGCAGGGGUGGGGUGAAGUAAGAAGGCGAGACCACACCGGCACGGAAAUGAGGACCCGACAAUACCGAACAGCCCCGCGGGAGGUUGGCGCCAGGGGCUGCACACCUAGGACACCAUUGGCCCGCCCAGAUUUGAGGGAGCCAAUCGCCAAGCACUCCUCGAGAGGGCGGGGCCUGCGCAGGGACCAACCAGGCCUGUGCGCAGACUUGCGAGCGGUCUUGUCCCGCCUCCCGGCCACGUGGGGUUCUCUCUUCCUGCGGAUCCGGUCCUGGAUACGAGCAAUGGCGCCUUUCAGGAUGAAGACCCAGCACGAAUCCUACAGCCCAGGAACCGGCAAGAAGUGUUCCCUUUCCAGGAAUUGGCUCCUUAUGCACACUCAGCAGUACUGGUGUAAGUUUAAGCACUUUCUGAAGCCAUCAGUGCUUAACGUGGAGGCACGUCUGCUGGAAAAGAUUUUCGGUCCAAGCAGAGUUCUUCUCCCGGGGUUCGAACGGGAGUUCAAAGUCGUGCUCCAGAUGAGAAAGCCCAACUCCGAGGGCAAGGUUGAAAUCUUCAUCCUGGGGAGACGCCGGUACCGCAAGCGUGCCAAAAGGCUGAUUCGCAUUCUGACCACGAAGCCCAGAAGGAAGUCGUGUGAAGGCACAAUGAUGCUCAGCCUGGAAACCAUGAAGUCUCUUGAAAAAGAGAAUGUUCACUCCAGUGCUUUCCUCUCCACCACAGUGAUGAACAGCCUGGAUGAAGCCAUGCAGUCGCUGGAAAUAGGUCAGGAGACUGUCCAGGAACCUGUUACCAAAACAGUGUGAAUUUUGUGAUGAGGUUCUCAGUGCAGGGGCAUCAGUCUGGGUCAGGAGCCUUAUGCUUAGAGACCCAGUCUGAACUCUUUUGUUCCUGUGGUUCAGGGGAAAUAAGUAUUGUUCAUGGUCUACAUAACUUUCUGCUGAAUAGACAGCUGUUUAAAGAUUCAAACAUGAGUUAUAAUAAAAAAAAUAAACUUUAAAAAAAUAGAUAUAGAUUAGUAUUGUCAAGAAGACAGUCUUGCUUUUGCACACUCCAAGAUGGGAAAGAGCUAGGAAUUAACAAAUGGUUGGUUCUGCUUUUUCAUAGUGUUCUGUAUUAGGUGGGUGUGACUAGGAUCUUUAAUGUUCCAGGGAGCUUUUGUAGCUAAGGAAGAACUUUACUGUUUAUUCUUUCAUUAAUGCUGAUUUUGAAAAAAUAAAAAAGUUAUACUGGUAUUAAACAAGCUUUGUAA